AUGCCAAGCAUUAUCAGUGUCGAACCUGACUCCUUUGACUUGGAUGAUUAUCUCACCAAACAUAGUAUCAGUUUUGGUACUGUUACUCAUGACAACAAUGUUCGAACCCUUAAAGUCCUACCUACUAAUUUCAAUCCUACAACAUGUGACUUACAAAAUAGCUUUCAUUUUUUUGCAAAACCUACCAAACCUAUUAUCACCACCUGUCUCUGCAAAAAAUACCAUACCUAUUUUGCCUUACAACACAUUACUAUUCCAGCACUCUCACCCUCUGAAAACACUCCAGACUCAUCUAACUCAAUGGAAAUUAACUUUAAUAUGAAACUAUUCAAAACUCUUAAAAGCUUUUCAAGAUCCAAAUUUCAGCCCAAACAUGAGAUUACUCACCCAUUUCUACCUUCU